AUGUGCUGGCCCUCGCGACGACCCCAACAAUUCAAUCCCCACGCGCAGUACUACAAUGCGCGUCCUGUCCCUAUGGAACAGUCUAGAUAUAAGAAGUUGAGACGCGGGUUUGGGUAUUCGCCUGCUUAUGCGGCCGGCGGUGGUGGUUUCCAUGGUGGUGAUGGCGGUGGUUCCCAUGGUGGGCAUGGCGGUGGUUAUGGAGGCGAUGGCGGUGGUUGCGGCGGAGGUGAUGGUGGUGGUGGAGGAGGGGGAGGAGGAGGAGAUGGAGGGUGUUAG